GCCUUCACCAAGCAUGAAGAGAAGUUCAAUGAAGAUGUAGACAAGGUGAACCGUUGGAGAGCUGCUUUAAGAAAAGUUACCAAUCUUUGCGGGUGGGAUUCAAAGAAUUAUAAGUGUGACAGAGAGCUUAUCAAAGACAUUGUAGAAUGUGUGUGGACGAAAGUGAAUCCUACGUUCACGUUGUUAGAUUCCGAAGAGAAGUUAGUCGGAAUUGAUUUUGCACUCGAGCAACUACGUUUGCAAUUAGAUCUAGAGGUAAAUGAUGUUCGCUUUAUAGGGAUAUGGGGGAUGGGUGGGUUAGGAAAAACAACCCUUGCUAAGCUAGUUUUCGAGAGAAUUUCCCAUCAUUUUGAACUUAGCUGGUUUCUAUCUAAUGUGAGAGAGGUUUCUGGAAAACACGGUGGUCUAGUUGCUCUACAAAGACGACUUCUUUCCCCAGUCUUGAAAGAAAAUGUUGCCCAUGUUUGGGAUGAAGGAGCUGGAACCUUUUUCACUCAGAAACGUUUAUGCAAUAAAAAGGUUCUUCUCAUCCUUGAUGACGUGCAUCAAUUAAACCAACUUAAAACACUGGCUGGAAAGAAAGAUUGGUUUGGUGUGGGGAGUAGAAUUAUCAUCACAACUAGGGAUGAGCGUCUACUAGUUGAGCAUGGUAUAACAAGACGAUAUAAGGUCGAGGUAUUAAAGGAUGAUGAAGCUCUUGAGCUCUUUAGUCGAAAUGCCUUUAAGAAAAAUCAGCCCGAGGAAGCUUUUCUGGAACUUUCUAAGUGUUUCGUACAUUAUGCCAAAGGUCUUCCAUUAGCCUUGACAACAUUGGGAUCUUUUUUGUAUGCGAGAGGUCAAGAUACAUGGAAAAGUGCAUUGGAUAAUCUAGGGAAAAUUCAUAAUCCAACAAUUUUUCACUCACUCAAAGUAAGUUAUGACGGACUAGAAGAGAUAGACAAGAAAUUUUUUCUCGAUGUUGCAUGUUUCCAUAAAGGGAAGGGUGAAGAGCAAGUAAUUGAAAUACUAGACAGUAUUUAUAAUAUUUCAAGUCGUAUUAGGAUAGAUAUUCUCAUUGAGAAAUCUCUCUUAACUAUUGAGAAAUCCAACAUUCCUAACAGUGUUCAGAUGCAUGAUUUGAUACAAGAAAUGGCAUGGGAAAUUGUUCAUCUAGAGUCCCCUGGAGAUCCUUGUCAACGCAGCCGUUUGUGGCUUCGCAAUGACAUUUCUCAUGUAUUCAUGCACAAUUCGGAAACGGCAGCAAUUGAAGGCAUAGUCUUACGUCUGGCCGAAUCAGAACUGGUUGACUGGAAUUGUACUGAAGCCUUCUCUAAGAUGCACCAAUUAAGGCUUCUUGAAUUUGAUAAUGUGAUCAUUUCUUCAUGCCCCAAAGUUCUUCCAAAUUCAUUAAGAAUUAUCCAUUGGAACUGGUAUCCUUCCAAAUCACUCCCUCAAGGAUUUCAACCAUGUUUUCUUGCUAAACUCGAGAUGCGUUAUAGCAAACUUUUUCGGCUUUGGGAUGGAGAAAAGAAUUUCCCCAAGUUGAAAUCUAUGGAUAUUAGUUACUCUGAUAACUUGACCAAUAUCCCAAAUUUCACACGCAUUCCAAAUCUUGAGGAAUUGAAUCUGGAAGGUUGUAAGAAAUUAGGCAAGGUUCACCCGUCUAUUGCAGUUCACAAAAAGCUGAAGGUUUUAAGACUUAGAGAAUGUAAAAGUAUUAAGAGUCUCCCAAGUGAGUUGCAAAUGGAUUCUCUCGAAUUUUUGAAUCUUUCAGGCUGCUCAAAAGUGAAAAAGAUUCCAGAAUUUGGGGAAUAUAUGAAGAAAUUGUCAAAGCUUUUUCUAGAUGGGACUGCUAUCGAGCAAAUACCUUCAUCAAUUGAUCGUCUGGUUGGCCUUGUUUAUCUAAGUAUAGAUUAUUGCAAAAGUAUCUUGGGUCUCCCGAGUGCGAUAUGUAAAUUGAAGUCUCUUGAAGAGCUCUCUAUGCUGGGAUGCUCAAAAGUUGACAAACUGCCUGGGGAGAUGGAGUGUUUAAAGCUUCUUAGUUUAAGUGGAACUGGGAUGAGAGAGCCGCUUGUUGCUAUGAAAAAGCUCAAACAUCUAACCUUUGUUGGAUCAGUUGCUAAAUCAUCAACUUCAAGGGAUGGCAUUGGGUGGGGCGUUGACCGCAUAUUUGGAAUUAGAAAGAAUCCUGACUCUGAGCCUUGGGGUUUGGUGUUGUCUUCUCUAAAUCGUUUAGGGUCUUUGACGAAAUUAGAUCUGAGUGAUUGUAAUAUUGGUGAAGGAGCCAUUCCAGAUGAUAUCGGCUGCUUGUCUUCUUUAGAAGUGUUGUAUCUUAGUGGAAACAAUUUCGUUAGCCUUCCCUCAAGCAUUAGAUUCCUUUCUGAGCUUCAGUAUCUUCAAUUGGAGAGGUGCAAAAGGCUUGAGCAAUUGCCAGAUCUUCCGUCAAGUGAAUACUUAUUACUCGUAGAUGUGGACGACUGUACUUCCUUAAAAAGGUUGUCAGAUCCAUCAAAGUUGAGCGAAGGAGCCAAUGUGUAUGAUUUUAUGUUUACUUGUCUUAAUUGCUUCAGAUUGGUUGAAGAAGAAGGCUGGAUUAAUAGAAUAUUUGCAAUGAUAAUGAGAUUGGCCCCUGAGGUACGCCCUCUCCCUCUCUGUCCCUUUUCGCAACGAUAUGUAUCAUGGUCUGAUUUUACUACAACAAAUACAUCGUUAAUUAUUGGGGUACAUGGAAGCGGUACAAUGAAGGGAAUGGAUAUAAUGAAGAAUGUUCAUUAUACCUUUAUUUUAUGGCCUGGAAGUGAAAUUCCAGAGUGGUUCAACAAUCGAAGCGCGGGAGAUUCAAUAACUGUGGAGCUACCUCUACCUCCACAACCAUGUAGCGACUGGAUUGGGAUUGCUUUAUGUGUUGUUUUUGAAGAUUCUAAAUAUUUGGAAAAUCCGGCCGCCCUUGUUGGAUAUGAUUUUUUCAAAAUUGAAUUUGGGUUUACGCAUGACACUUUCAAAGUGGGGCAUCUUGUGUCACAACACCUUUGGGUUUUUUAUUUGCCUCGCUAUCAUAUCUGGGAUGCCUCAAGCAGUCAUCAGUUUUCAUUCGAAACACAUUAUUUUUUAAAUGGAUCGGACAAAGAACUGAAAACAAGCUCGAUUAUAAAGAAAUGUGGGGCUCGUUUGGUGUACAAGAGAGAUUUGGAAGAAUUCAGCCGAAUACUGAAAAUCCCGAAGCCAGCAGUAUAUGAAUACGAUGACGAGGCAGGCCCAAUUGAUAGUGGAAGUGGUAGCUCUGAUGAGGAAAAACAAGCAAUGCAUUGGUGUUGUACAAAAACUUUCACAUUAAGUGCUUCGCAUCAUAAUAUCUCUUUUUUUUAGUUCAUCUUGUUUGUCUAGUUUAUAGGAUAUGCUUUGGUUUUGGCAUCACCACUAAAUAUAUAUGUUUUUUUCUCUGGA